CCAUGAUAUGAUACGAUAGGAUGUGGAGAGCACAUGAACGAUGCUUAGGGAUGGUUCAUGUAAUUUCAGCGACCCGGCGCAUGUAGUGGACGGCAUACUCCUUAAUGAUGACGAAUCUAACGACAUUGAUUCAAAACAUUCUUUCUGCCGUGUUCAGCCUUGGCGCAGGCCAUCGUCCGUCUGUUUCCGACCUUAUGAUUGCCUUCCCAAUUCCCCUUCCUCGUAGCACCAAGAACGGCAGGCUGACUGGACCGACUGACCGUUGGGUACCCUCUCCUUUGAGUGAAAACACAGUAGCAUUGAGAGGCAAACCUUGAUGGAAAAUUUUGGUAUCUUUACGUCCUCACUAGUCUAAUCUUUUUAGUACCGUACC